CUCGUGCCCUGCGACGGUUCCGUCACCCUUGCAGAACUCGUUGACUAUCGUCUCGAGCAGAAUUACGAUCACACGUACGCAGUCUUUCCUUCCGACGGUCCUACUGCAGAACCUGUAGAGAUCACGUUCUUGGAAUGGGGCCGGGCGAUCCACCGGAUGGCUCAUAUCGUCCGUCCUGAGCCAGCGUCCGGAGCGCGGGAGGUCGUUGCCUUGAUGAUGAAUACCGACACCCUGAUGUAUACCACGACAAUGAUGGCUGUGGUGAGGGCGGGACUAAUACCGUAUCCAAUGUCUAUACGCAAUCCCCCGGCUACAGUGGCGCACUUGCUUCAGAAGACGUCCUGUCAUCGUCUGAUUACAACGUCCAGUUCACUCGGCUCGAUCGUCGCCGGGGUCCAAGCUGAACUUGCGUCCGUAGAUUACCAGCUGCAGGUCAAGGAGUUACCGUCUCUCUUUGAUGCGUUCCCCUAUCUUGGUCAUGAGAAAAGCAGCGAUCCAUCUAUUCCCUACCCGCGUUUGAACCAUAGCAAGAUGGACGACAUCGUCACAUAUCUGCAUUCUUCCGGCUCUACUGGACUCCCCAAGUCCAUUCCUCAUACAAACAAAACUGUCCUGGGCUGGUUCGCCGUAGCCCUUGAUAUGUUCCGCUAUCCCAGGCAUCUGAAGUUUGGCGUGCCGCAUCUCCCGACGUUUCACGUCUUAGGUGCCGCCUUCCAAGUUUGGUAUCCCUUGCUAGCCGGGACAACUGUAGCUUUCUUCACCCCCACAUAUCCGGAUCCUCCACCUAUCCCGAACCUUGGCAAUAUACUAGAAGCUGUGAAGCGAUCUAAAGUCAACGCCUUGACCUCUGUGCCCACUUUCCUGGAGUUAUGGUCGCAAUCCGAUGACGCCGUCGCUUUUCUGGCAUCUAUGGAGAUCGUGCUCUUCGGCGGAGGUCCCUUGUCUCGACACGUUGGAGACAAACUCGCCUCGAAAGGUGUUAACUUACACUCUGGCUAUGGCGGGACUGAAUUCCCAUGUCCUACAUACAUGACACCCCCUCCUGGAAUGGCAGAGCCCACAGACUGGGAGUAUCUCCCCUUUGAUUCGAAAGUGCCGACACGGAUGGUUGCGCAAGGUGACGGGAUGUACGAGCUUCAGAUUUUGGAUAGUGACUCUCACCCUCUGCUGAUCAAAAAUAUGCCGGAUGUCCCUGGUUAUGCCACAUCUGACCUCUUCGAGAAGCACCCAACGAGGGAAGGUCUGUGGAAAAUUGUAGGACGAGCUGACGAUUUGGUUAUUCUCGCUUCAGGGGAAAAGAUCGUGCCUGGCCCCAUCGAAAGCAAGAUCUUAACCUCACCCCUCGUUUCCGGCGUCAUACUAUUCGGUCGCGGUCAUAACCAAGCCGGGAUCCUCGUAGAACCAAGACUGGAAUAUGUCGUCAACCCAUUGGACGACGUCGCUUCGGCUGAAUUUCGCAACAUGCUUUGGGCUAUUGUGGAAGAAGCAAACAAGGAGGCUCCGGCAUAUAGCCGAAUAUUCAAGGAGAUGAUCUUAGUCACUGCCCAAGACAAGCCUAUGCGGCGUGCAGCCAAAGGUACGGUCAUCAGGAAGGCCACUCUGGCAGAUUAUGCGAAAGAGAUCGAUGAUCUGUAUGCGAGAUUGGAGUCAAGUGAAGGUGACAGCGUUCAACUUCCGAAGAGUUGGAAUGAGGCCGAUCUUCAGGAGUGGCUUAUGGCCCAAGCAGAGGGCCUCAGUGGACGCAGUCAGCACAGGGAGCCGGAUCCUGACGUCGAUCUAUUUUCCCAAGGAUUUGACAGCCUAAGCGCAACUUUUCUACGGAACCGUAUCACGGAAGCGCUGCGCUCGUCGGAGAAUUCGACGAUGAAAACCGCUGCCAUGUCUGUACCGCAAGACUUCGUCUUCGCCAACAACACUAUCCGGUCAUUAGUGCUGGCUAUCCGAAAUCUGCUAAUCCCUCAGGCAAUUGAUCACGCACACCAGUCCCAUGCUACCAUUAUGGAUGACUUGGUCAAAAAGUAUACCACAAGCAUGGUGAAGCCGGAGCGGCAAGAUACACCUCCCCUUCCGCCGAAAGCGACCGUACUUGUCACCGGCACAACUGGGGGUCUAGGGUCCUACAUUCUCUGGAUGCUGCUCGAGGAUGAUCAAGUGGAGCGGGUGUACGCAUUUAAUAGGAAAUCUACCAAGACGGCUCUGGCUGCACGACAGAACGCAUCCUUUAAAGAGCGAGGUUUGCCCACUAGUUUGUUGACGUCUUCGAAGCUCUUCUUGGUGGAGGGCGAGGAUGCUGAGGAUGGAUUGGGGCUCUCUAAUUCUUUGUACGAAGAGUUACGGGCUACCUGUACUCAUAUCAUCCACAAUGCUUGGAGACUGGACUUCAACCUAACCGUUGCAUCCUUCGAGCCAAACAUUAAGGGAGUGAGGAAUCUCAUAGACUUGGCUCUAAGAUCUUCAUAUGGCGUUAACUUCCGGUUCGUCUUCGCGUCUUCCGUCUCUGUGGCGCAAGGCUGGCCUAGAGACCGUGGAACGUUCCCGGAGGAGUCAGAUUUGCCUGUAGAUGUGGCCGUAGGGGCGGGUUAUGGGGAAAGUAAAUUCGUAUCCGAACAGCUCCUUGCGAAAGCGGCGGAAUGUGGGCUGCAGACGACAACACUCCGGAUUGGCCAAAUUUGCGGCGGUAAGUCAAAUGGCUCAUGGGCUACCACGGAUUGGGUGCCUAUGUUGGUCAAGUCGAGUAAAGCCUUGGGAUGCCUACCGAAUGCGCAUGGGGUGGUUACGUGGGUGACCUCGGAUGUGGUGGCGCAGGCUGUCCUUGAUGCGACAUUAGCGAAGGAGGGUCCUCCUUCCGCCCUCAACAUAUUGCAUCCGCGGCCUGUGCCUUGGUCUCUCAUUAUUUCGGGGAUCAGCAGCGCCUUGGCGAAGAUCGUUGAUGAUGGCAGCAACGAACCUCUACCGAUCGUGUCAUUCAGACAAUGGGUAACACUCUUGGAGGCCAAAGCCAGGGACGCUACCGAGAAGGAUAUGAAAGCCAUUCCUGCCCUUAAAAUCCUACAAUUCUAUCAACGUAUGGCCUCGUCUGACGAAGUAUUACGUGCCUCCGGGAGGACAGACGAAGAGACUGGUAUGCUGCCAUUUGUAACCGAGAAGGCUCAGAGUAUAAGUGCGACUCUGAGAGAAGCCCCUCAGCUGGUCGAGGAAGAUGCAGAACGGUGGAUCAAAUAUUGGCAUGGGAAGGGACUCUUGUACUGAGGCUCGGAGGACUGAUUGUUGGGAGAUAUGAGAGCCUAUAUAAUUGUGACAAUUCAAUAACCAUACCCAUAUUGUUCGCUCCUUUCCUAAGGAUCUCGUAAUAAGUAUUAUUUCGCAUUCCCAAGCCGUUUAGACGGUCUAGUUAUCGUCUUUGUUGUAAUGACGC